UUAGAUGAUGACGCAAGAACGUAGUGUCACGUAAAGCGCAAGCGGCAGGCCAGGGCGCCAAACUAACAUGAUCGAGAAAAGUACCGUGGAGGGCAGAUUUCUUUAACUAUACGCGAACCUAAUCUAAUAUCAACACUGUCAUUGCGCUUUACGUCCUCAGUCGUUCACUUUUAACUUAUUUUACUCGUAUUUCAUUAAACUAGACGGUCGCAAUGGGUUUGCUCGAGCGGUGCCAGGAACUCUUUAGUAGCACAAAUUUGUAUGAAGUGCUGGGAGUAAGCAAAGAAGCAUCCGAAGCGGAGAUAAGGAGGAGCUACUAUAAAGUGUCGCUGAAAGUGCACCCCGACAGAGCCCCCGAAGACCCGCAGGCGACGGAGAAAUUCCAGGUGUUGGGAAAACUGUACACAGUGCUGACAGAUCGGGAGCAGAGGGCUGUUUAUGAUGAGCAAGGAGUAGUUGAUGAAGAAUCAGAUGUCCUUCGUCAGGACCGUUGCUGGGAAGACUAUUGGAGAUUGCUCUUUCCUAAGGUGACAGUGCAGGACAUCCUAGAAUUCGAAAAGAAAUACAAAGGCUCAGAUGAGGAGCGGGAUGACGUGAUCCGGCUUUACGUGCAGCACGAAGGGGACUUGGAUGAGAUCAUGGCGUCAGCUCUGUGCUGCUCGCAGGAAGAUGAGCCCAGACUGUGCGGCAUCAUCGAAGCCGCCAUCAAGAGUGGAGAGGUUGAAGCCUUCCCCUCGUUUACCCAAGAGAGUGACAAGAAGAAGAGGGCUCGUCGGAAGAGGGCUGACAGAGAAAAAGAAGAAGCAGAAGAAAUGCAAAAAAAGAUGGGGCUCAGUGACAAAGAUGACAGUCUCGUCAUGAUGCUUAAGCAAAGACAGCAGUCCAGGGAGAAGAAUUUUAAUAGUUUCCUGUCAGACCUGGAAGCAAAAUAUUCUAAAAAGAGUUCAAAACCCCAAAAGGGAAAAAAAGGAAAGAAAUAAAUGUCAGCCUCGUUCCUUUUUUAAGGACUUCCAAAUUAAGAUUUUUGUCAGCGUUGGGCCUUUUUUGUUUAAAGUGAAAUAAAAAAAUGUAAAUGCUUCCUGUAUUUCAUGUAAUUUGUAUUUGUUAUGUUGCUAAUAAAUGGAUCAUUCUACAGCAGAUUGCAUAAACCUUUAUUUUGUAAAAAUCAGAUUAAAAGACAAUGCAAAGUGGAAAACUGCCUUUUGAAGCUAUAGAUUGUCUGAUUCAAUUGAAUUUCUAACUCAUUACAUGAUCCAGUUGGAUGAUUUUUGUUUUGUUUACCAAAAAAGUACAAUAAAAGACUGUACAGGCAAA